CGUCACGGUGGGAGUAGAUCCCGACGACGUAGACACAGGAGUGAAAACCUGUUUUUACCUUUUCAUUGAUAUAUACAGUUUUGGUACCGUAACCCGUCAAAAUGUCUCUCGCGGGUCUUAAAAAACAGUUUAACAAGGCGAACCAGUAUAUGAGUGAGAAAAUUGGAGGCGCUAAAGGUACAGAGCUAGAUGAUGAUUUUAUGGAAAUGGAAAGGAGAAUUGAUGUAAUGGAAAAAUUAGUAUCUGACCUGAUAAAUAAAACACAAGAAUUUCUUCAACCAAACCCAGCUUCCAGAGCAAAGAUAUUUGCUGCAAAUUCGUUUUCAAAAAUGCGAGGCCAAGCCAAGAAUACGUCAUAUCCCCAGCCGGAGGGAACUUUGGGAGAGCACAUGAUAAAGCAUGGCAAGGACUUGGGAGAAGAGAUGGAGUUUGGGUCCUGUCUGGUGGAGGCGGGGGAGAGCUUCAAACAGCUGGCCGACCUCAAGUAUUCCAUGGAGGACACAGUGAAACAGAACUUCCUGGAACCUCUUGGCCUGCUGCAGACUAAAGACAUCAAGGAAGUCAAUCACCACAGGAAGAAGCUGUCUGGGCGACGACUGGACUUUGACUGUAAGAGGAGGAAGAAGGAUAAAGAGUCCGGAGCACAGAAGUCAGGGUCUACCGUCACAGAUGAAGAGAUCAGGGUCGCUGAAGAAAAGUUCGAGGAAUCAAAAGAACUUGCUGAAACAGCUAUGUUCAACUUAUUAGAAAAUGAUGUGGAGCAGAUAGCACAGUUGCAGUCAUUUAUUGAGGCAGAAGUGGAUUACCACCGAUCAGCAGUAGAUGUACUACAAAACCUUCUCACCACUUUGGAUUCGAAACGUAACCAUGCCAUGUCGCGACCAAAAGCAGAACAUGUACCAAAGAGAGCUUCAUUCAGAAACAGGACACCAUCGCCAGCCAACUUCUAUGAGUCGACCAAUGACUUUGACAGUGGGAGUACCAACAGCUACAAUUUUAACUCCUCCCCACAAUAUGCACAAGCUGAGAAGAAGCAGCCUUGUUGUGAAGCAGUGUACGAUUUUGAGCCAGAAAAUGAAGGUGAACUUGGCUUUAAGGAGGGUGACAUCAUCAACCUUAUUUCUCAGAUUGACGAGAAUUGGUACGAGGGCUCGGUCCAUGGAACCACUGGCUUCUUCCCGGUCAACUAUGUCACGGUAGUAGUGGACCUCCCUCACUGAGGGACAAUGUCUGCUACACUUGCAGAAUGGACUGGGAUUACAAGUUCACACCAUCAGUUUUGUCUUUUGCAUAUCUAGAGAGUUUAAACAAUUUAUCUGUUGUCCGAGACUACUGCUCAGACAAGAUGCAAUCGGAACAAUGGCGACCCUGCUCCCUGCUCAGAUACAAGGCACUAACUUCCAGUAGAACUUACAGGCCUUAUACAUGGAUUUCUGGUUACUCUAUAACUUACAUAUAUAAAUUACAAUGUAUAAAUAAUAACAUCAGAGAAUUAUUUGGCAUAACUCAGACUUUUAUCUAACAGAUAUUGCUAUGUAGAGAAAAUUUUACUCCACAAAAAAGUUUAUUGAUGAAUGGUUAUCCCAUCUAUGGGGUUCAUAUUUUUUCCAAAUAUUUGUUCCAAGUAUGUUAACCAGAGUAUAAUGAUGAGGAAACUUUCGGAUGAAACUGUUUUCUGUUGGGAGUUUCACUCUCACAGGAUAAUGUUUAAUUAAACACUAAAAGCAUUACAGUGUAGGACUUGUCCAGCUAAGUCAUGCUGUAAAUAGUACACCUUGGCCCUCCAUAUAGCGCCAUGUGAUCGAGAGAAGGACAGAUGAAAGUUAAAAACGAAUCAAAGAAUGGACAUUCUACAUCAAAUUCAUGGCAUUGCAUUCUAUAUAAAAAGCCAAAUAUAUGUGAGAUACCGUAUUCAUGUUUCAUCAUACUGCCAACACCACACCUGUGCGAGGACAUUGGAACUGAAGGUUUAUUGUUAAAUCUUUUGUUAAGUUUAACAGACUUCCUUUGAGAGAAGCUGAUUCCAUGUUAAGACGCUGUUAUGUUUCAUGUGAAUAUGUUGAUUGAAAGUGAACCAUCACCAUGCAUCGCGAUAGUUCGGGAAAUAUCUGUCUGCAAUAGAGUGAAAUCCAGUAGUUUCGUAUAUGGUUUGUGAUUUUCCACAGUAAAAGAUUAUGUUUGGUAAUAAUAAUUAACGAGAGUAUAAAUGUACUAGAGCAGUCAGUUGUGAUCUUCAAAUUAAUAUUAUAUUGCUUAGUGUAUGAAUAGAGUAGCUGUGGAUGGAGAUUACAGUACUCGGAUGUUACCCGUAUUUAUCUUGUCGUAAGCCCAAUGGGCCCCAACACAUGCACCUCCAAUUUAGGGGGUAGGCUUAUCACAAGAAGAUGAAAUAAUAUGGAUUUGUUGGUAGAUUUACUGAACAGGUAUUUCAGCUUAUUGCCAUAUAAAUGAAGUAUGAUGCAGUAUUCCAGAUAGCUAGUCUUAUAUUUGUGCUUGUAUAUCUGAUCUGACGGUCAUUCAGGUGAGAUAUCAAUAUCAUGAACAUUUUUCUAAAAGAAUGAUAUACAUGUAUACGAUUAUACAUUUGGAAUUUGUUCAUUGGGCAUUUAUAUUGACGUAGAUAUACAAACUACCUAUCUUGAAAAAAUGUGUGACGAAGAGGAGACUUCUCCGAGUAUAAGUAAGACUUUAGCUUAGCUCUCAACCACACAUAUUGAGAAAGAGACUGGUUGAAUUUUUCAGAAUUUGCAAAACUUGAAAAACUGUAAUGAGUGAUCACAAAAAAUUAAUCCAGGAGUUGUAGUCUCACAUUUGUUUGAGGGGAUGUAUGUUGUGUGUAAGGUAAUAGCUUUUUUGACAUGUUACUCGGAUAAAAAAGAAUAAGAU